CAUAAACCGCCUGUGAGUCGGCCAAAAUACCGACGGCGUCGCUCUUCAUUCGACCCUUCCACGUAUAAUAGCACAGGCCAGUCAUUGCCCUAUGUCAAGCCAAACCAACUAGAAACUACAGACCCAGGCCUCGGACUUGCUCAGAUCCUCGGUCUUACCAUUUGCAUGGCAGGUGUCCAGUUUACCUGGACGGUGGAAUUAUCUUAUGGCACGCCCUAUCUCUUGUCACUGGACUUGUCAAGAGAACUCACAGCUGUCGUGUGGCUUGCAGGCCCACUCUCAGGUCUCAUCGUCCAACCCUUGAUUGGUGCGUUGAGUGACAAAUGCACUUCCCGUUAUGGAAAACGCAGGCCGUUCAUUGUUCUCGCCGGGUUCUUGACAUGUCUCUCCAUGCUGGGCGUUGCUUAUGCAAGGGAAAUCGGUCUCUUUGCUUCCAACCUCGCUCAUGGAGACUCGUCCGCUGGUCAUACGAAUGCGAUUAUUGUUGCAGUGGCGUCAUUUUACUUUAUGGAUUUCACUCUAAAUGCAGUGCAAGCCAUCUGUCGCGCCCUGAUCCUCGACAUACCGCCGCUAUGGCAACAGGAAUAUGCGAAUGCUUGGAGUGCUCGGAUGAGUAACUCGGCUCAAGUCAUUGGCUACUUUGUCGGCUUUAUCGACUUGGUCAAGUAUGCGCCCUGGCUUGGCGAUUCACAAAUGAAGGGAUUCUGCGUGGUUGCCAUUGCUGUCUUUUGUAUCACAUUGGGUGUCACCUGCCUGACAGUGCAUGAGAAGCCGUUGGAGCGAGAGGAUGAUCAGGAGGACCUGCCUUGGUACCAUACCAUCGUUUAUAUCUGGCGUGCCUUUACUCGUCUUCCUCGCCCAGUACAAACGCUGUGUAACACGCAGUUCUUUGCUUGGAUGGGAUGGUUCCCGUUCUUGUUCUACAGUACGCAAUGGGUAUCUGACAUUUACUUUGCUACGCACCCGUCAGACGGUGAGGGUAACUGGACGGAGGGCACCCGAGCAGGCUCCUUUGCCCUCUUGUGCUACUCUGUGGUAUCUGUGAUUGCCGGGGUUGUGAUUCCUGCCGUCGCUGCCAAGUAUGAAAAAGCAUGGUUCCUGCGUCUGGACAAUAUCUACACGGCAUCGCACUUGGUGGUAGCGGGAGCGCUGCUUUCGGCUUGGUUUGUCAGGUCCGUCUCGGCUGCGACCGUGGUGUUGACCAUCAUGGGUAUCCCCUGGGCCAUCGUCUUGUGGAUCCCGUUCUCCCUCGUCGGCGAAUAUGUCAGUUUUGAAGACGAGCGUAGACAGCAAGAACAGAUUGCUGCUGCAACUGGCAAUAGUAAUAACGAUGCUGCAUCUGCAUCUUCGUCUGCUUCCAAUAACACGCCACGUGUAUUGGAGGAUCAGCAGCAGCAGGAGGAUCCCAAGGAUGAGUUCGAUGCAGGCAUGAUCCUCGGUGUCCACAACAUGUAUGUGGUGUUUCCACAGUUUGCAGUGGCGAUUAUCGCUUCGUUCAUCUUUGCGGCGACAGACGCGGCCACACCUUCAGAUGAUGAAGUAUCAGGUGUCGCUUCGGUGCUUGCGUUUGGCGGUCUCAUGGCAUUGGUCGCAGCUGGAUUCAGCCGGUUCAUCAUACGUGUCAAAUAAUCAUUAUGAUUGGGGAGAGUUUAUAUAUAAUAAUAUCAUAAUAGUAUACACAUUACAUCUUUCUCUCUCGGUAGUAGAAGCAUUGCUGUUGUUAUUGUUGCUGUUUUGGAAACGUGGCACUCCAUGUAUGUGUGUAUUGUAUUGUCUCCACUGUAUGUGUGAUGAUAACUCCUGGAAUUG